UGUGUGUGUGUGUGUGUGUGUGUGUGUGUGUGUGUGUGUGUGUGUGUGUGUGUGUGUGUGUGUGGGAGGACAGAGAUUUGACAUGGACGGACUCAGUGCCUCUUUAAGAGCGCCUGAUGGGAGUAUGGCAGUCACUGUGGAUUGGAUGUGUUUUAUUGGUGUUACGGAUGACACAGAGUCAGUGAACAUGCCGUGAAAUUAAAAGGUAGACUACUCCCUGACGAUUUUUAUUAACCCCUACGGUGUAUGGAAAGUGCUCCUGGAUGGACCUGGGCGAAAACAGCUGGUCCAUGGUCAAGCGAGAAGUAUCCAGCAGCCCAGGGUCACCGGCUGAGCAUACCUACCUGCACGGUGACAGCAGGAGGGACGGUCCCACCUCGGAUGAGCUGAGGACUCCUCCGAGCGACCUUGACGCACUGGGGCACCGACGCUCCGACGGUAGAUCACUACACUCCUACGUUCACUUCGGACACCAUAACAACACCCUGACCACUGCCGAGGACAUCCCGCUGUUUACGGAUUUAGACCAGGGCAGCAAACUCGUCCUCUCCAGCGGAGCGCACAAGGCGAGCUUGCUGGUGGACCCGACCGACAUGUACCAAACACUGGCCAUCGCCGCCGCCCAGAGCCAGACUGGAUAUGAUUCCUCCUCUGGUGGUUAUAUGCACUCCAACCCCAACUCCCCCGUGUAUGUCCCCAGCUCCCGGGUGGGCCCCAUGAUACCCAGCCUCUCUUAUCUGCAGGCUAGUGGCUCUGCGCAGCCGAGCCACGGCGUCUCCAGCCACUCGGUCUGGUCUCAGUCCACCCCGGAGAGCCCCUCAUACAGCACCGGGAGCCCGCACACCUCCAGUCGGUUCCACUACCCUCCAAGCCCGCCCAUGAAUAACGGGACGCCCAGGGACACCGGCUACAGUAACACGCUGAAUGUGAGCAGCAGGGACCAGUACGGCCUCUCUCGGCCCCUCAGUGGGACCUACGCGAGCCCAUACUCUCCUUAUGUUGCACCACAGCUGUCCCAGCUGCCCUCGCCUUGGACCGGGGGACCUUUCGAUAACACGAUGCUGCACACCUUGCAGAGCAGAGGCGCGCCCUUGAUCCGAGGACCAAACGGAGUUUCAGAUAUUCUCGACGACAUGGGGGAGAGCAGAGAGUGCGUCAACUGCGGCUCCAUCUCCACGCCACUCUGGAGGCGCGACGGCACGGGCCACUUUCUCUGCAACGCCUGCGGCCUUUACAGCAAAAUGAAUGGUCUGAGCCGGCCAUUAAUUAAACCACAGAAACGGACGUCAACGUCCAGAAGAAUCGGCCUGUCCUGCGCCAACUGUCAAACCAGCACGACCACUUUGUGGCGCAGAAACGCGGAGGGAGAGCCGGUGUGUAACGCAUGUGGGCUCUACACAAAAUUACACGGGGUACCUCGGCCGCUCGCCAUGAAGAAAGAGGGAAUCCAGACGAGAAAAAGAAAACCGAAAACUUUGAAUAAAACAAAGGGCUCGUCUGGAAAUAACAACUCUGUCUCUAUGACUCCCACAUCCACAUCUUCAUCUAAUUCAGAAGACUGCUCUAAAACCAGCUCUCCCUCCGGACAGGUCUCAGGGGUCAGUUCAUCUGUGCUGUCCAGCUCCGGGGAGGGAACGGGCUCCAGCUCAGCAGUGAAGUACCCGGGACAGGACGGCCUUUACACUAGCGUGGGUUUGUCCCAGCCAUCAGAUGUAGCUUCAGUGAGGGGUGAACCCUGGUGCCCCAUGGCCUUAGCUUGAACAUCUAAAUCUUUGGGAGGACAGCAAUCCCUGGCCCCUCUGUCUGGAUACUAUGUAGUAUGGAAGUAUUCGGGGGCAAUUUUUUGUUUCCUUCCUCGCAGCUGAUGCAAGAAGAGUCGGACAGGGGGGGAAAGAAGGGUGAGAUGACCUUCAGUCGCAACUGCAAGCUUGAACCGAGCGUGGAAUAGCUGGGAUUGAUUUCCAGAUUGGUGUGGGGAUCUAGUUGCCUUUAAGAAAACAAAGGGAAUCACCAGGCCACAUGAUCAAUCAGGUGGCGUGCUUUUGGAUGGUUUCUGGACCUGCCGUGCACUCGAUAUCUCUCCCAUCCCAUGGCACAGAACCAGAUCUUGUUUCUUAAAAUAAAGCCAUCGUGUACAUAACGGAUUUCCUCUCUUGAAGAAAAAGCUAUUGAUUGGAUACCACUACUUCGUAAAGCGCUGUAUUCUUUAAGGACAUUUAGAUUUUUUUUUUCUUUCCACAACUGGAAUCAUGCCACAAGUGCCAAGACAACUUUUAUGAAUCAAAAGAAAAGAAUAUUUAUAAAUCUUCCAUUGUUGAAAACAUGGCUAUGAUUGUUAAUAAAGAUAUCAAUAUAGAGUAGAAGUUAAACCAUUCUGAUGUCUUCUUUUCUAAUACUUUUUCUCUUGAUAAGCGUUUUUGUAGUACAGUAGUGUUGAAUCUGCACAUGUUUUCCACUGAAAGCUCUUACUGUAUUUGACUGAAACUAGUUUGGUUUAAACAGGGUAUAAAAGACUAUGUCAUCUAGUGGUUUUGUUUAAUUAUUUACUGAAAAGAAAUGCAAAUAAUCAACUUAUUCAGACUAAUUUUUGAUAUUGAUAUAUUAAUGUUGUGUCAGCUGUUGAGUAGCAUUAAGGUACUAUUCUCAAAGCAGAGCUACAAAACUCUUUUCCAUGUAAAGCAGUUGGAUGGCUUGUUUGAACAAAGCACACCCAGAAUAGCUGUGGGCCCACUGACCUUUAUGUUACAAGACAUAAAGUACAGAAGAAGACUGUUGGCUGCACUACCUGACUCACUAUAAACUGUUCACAAUGCAAGAAUGUAGUGCUGCAUCAUUUUAUACCACAAUUAGACCAAAGUGGAGCGUGAGGUCACCUCUGAACAAAUUCAUGUUACUUUGAUGACUUUAACUAAUCCCUGUCAGGAUUAACAGCAGUGUAAUGGCCCAAUAGGUUAACAUAAUGAGGUGUUAAAGUCGACAGCUGAAAGGGGAAAUAAAAGAAGUAUGUAUCGCAAUGCAACAUUUUAAUCAAAAUGUGCACUCUUUGGGGAAAAAACAGCUGCACAGGUGGCAUGGAAAAUCCAGAUUUUAUGAGAGGUUAUGUUUGAUUUUUCACACUGUUUGUCUGCAUGUCCUCCUGCAGUGGUGUGGGUGGAGUCUCAAAAAGCCAUUCCAGGCCACAAAACAUUAAUGAGGCGAUUUAAACCCGAAAAGCAAUCUGAUGAGUGUCCAACCGAAAAGAGGGAUAUAUUUCUUAUUUUUGUUUUCAUUUUUUUCUUUGACAGCUUGCUUCAUCCCAAAAGGGCAUGUCAUUCAUUCUUCUGGACUUAUUUAUUUUUAAGAUAUCAUGUUUAUUUUAGCAUCAUUUUUGUUGUUGUUAUUUUUUUUUAAUAAGAAAUUAUUUUAUUUAAAUUCAGUCCAAUAAAUUGUUCUGGUGAUGCAAAUGAAGUUACCCUGUGUUUUAAAAGAAAAAGAAUCAGUAUUUUGAAGUUGUGGAAAGAACCAAUGUUCCUUGCAUAAUUUUAAUAUUACUCAGGCAUACCUUUGUAUGAGGCAAUCGUAGCUUUAACUCCCCAUUUCUCCCUAGCCAAACUAAAAAGGAAUAGUUUUAUUUUCUCAGAUGUUUUCAUGAUUGGGAGGGAAGAUCAUCAAAGAAAAAAAAAAAGUCAAGACUCAAAAAGACAUUUUGUUCUUUAUUUUCAGAAAUUCCAAUAUUCCACCUAAAUGUUUCAAAAAUUGCAUGUCAAACCAAACAUUAUGCUUGCCGAUAUGGUUUGGUUUGCUUCCACAUUCUGCUUAUGUUUCAUUAAAGCAAGCCUUUAUUCUUUCUGA